AUGACGAUAACGCAGCGAAAGCCCAUCCGACCCGACGACAUUAUAAUUAAUGAACCAGGAGACCAAUAUUCGUGCGAUUCCUGUGGAUGCGACCUCACACAUAGUGUGCGCAUCAAGUGCGCGGACCCUCUCUGCGAACCCGGCGACGGCGUCGAUAUUUGCCCACCUUGUUUUUGUGCAGGGAGAGAAUUUCGGCAGCACAAGCGGGGACCAUGCAUACCGCGUCAUCGUAGGGAACUGUUGUUGCUGAAGGGCAUAGCCACGCAAGGCUUCGGGAAUUGGAAAAAGAUAGCCGAGCAUAUAGGCACACGGUCAAAGGAAGAGGUCGAGAAACAUUACAAUGAAGUCUACAUCGACUCCCAGACCUGGCCGAUACCUAAAAUGGAUUUACAGUUCGAUGUCGAUCCGGUAGAAUUCCAAGCACGCAAACGACGGCGAAUACAAGCAUUAAACGACACGCCACCGCCUCCUCUUAAGCACGGUCCUGUAUCGUUACCCGGUAUCCAUGAAAUCCAAGGUUUCUUUCCUGGACGUUUGGAAUUUGAACAUGAAAUAGACAAUGAGGCUGAGGACUUGGUGAAAGAUUUAGAGUUUGGAGUUUGUCUGGAGUGGGGCGGCGACCAGAUCAUCGAAGACGAGGAAGAUCUGGAUGUUCGUGCAAGGGCAAAGUGGGAAGAGGAGCGUCGGAAUCCCCCACCUCUUGCAGAGAAAGGGCGAAUACCAGGCAAAGGGCCGAUGAUAAACGGCAUAAAUGGAUACCAUCCGCCAUCUGAGAAUGGGAGUGUAACGAGGGACAGUCUUCCGCCAAAAUCCGACGAUGCUCUUGCAAACGGCACGAGCUCUGGUGAUGGAGACGAGGAAGUGGAAGAAGUCACGCAGCCACCGCCGAUAGAAACGAAGGAAUCCCUUGCUUUUAAGCUUUCGCUGCUCGAGAUGUAUAGCCAGCGUGUGGAUAAGAGACUGGAGGGUAAGGAAGUUAUGUUUGAUCGCGGGCUACUGGAUUACAAAAAGAUGCAAGCAUCAGACAAGAAACGCUCACGAGAGGACAGAGAUAUCGUCCAUCGUCUACGACCCUUCGCAAAAUUACAAACGGCCGCUGACUAUGAGGUGUUUGCUGCUGAUGUUCUAUAUGAAGCUCUUCUUCGUCAGAGAAUACAGGAAUUGCAACAGUACCGACGGUUAGGCCUGGUGACUGCGGCUGAUAUCGACAAAUAUAAGUCUGAUCUUCAGAAACGAACCCUCAUCAAAGCCAAUCAUCGCGACUACCCAAGUGACAAACACCAAUAUCGGCCGGGGGGACGCCAGUCAUCUGGCCCCGAUCCUCGCCGUGCCAGUCUUGUGUCGUUUGACUCCGAAGGACGAAAGAGUAACGAAAGGGAGGCUACACCGCGUCUUCCCGGAUCAUCUGCUGGUCCCGUUGUCCGUCGGAUGCCUGCUCCUCUCAAUCUUGCAAAUAGCCCGUCGUUGCAUCUCCUCUCGACCGCGGAACAGGUUCUAUGCACCCAGCUCCGUAUCCUUCCCAAGCCAUACCUUGUCGUGAAAGAGACCCUUGUACGAGAAUAUGCCCGGCGAGGUGGUAAGCUUCGUCGGCGGGAAGCUCGUGAGCUCGUUAAGAUCGAUGUGAACAAGACCAGUCGAGUAUGGGACUUUCUUGUGCAGCAGGGAUUUCUCAACAUUGCUUCUGAUGUUUCCUCGAACCAUGCUUCGUCAUCACAAGACGCUAGCACCGCUAGUGGAUCGCAGGUCAACGGAUCACCUGUUAAAGAUCCACGACCGCUGCCUAGUCAGCAAAAUGGAUCUGCCUUGGUACCAUCGACGUCAAGUUCAUGA